GAAUUAGGCAUCAGCUUUGCUCCUACGAAACCGGCAGCAAAAUGCGCGUGAGGCGGUUCCAUUUCUGUCACCCCAUCUCGAUCGCGUUCCCAGACACUGCGAGAGGCCGUUGGGAUCGCAUCCGUGGAGGCAACCAUGACCGGCACAGUAAAAGUCCACAAUGUCUCACUUAAAGCAACAGAGCAAGAAAUUAGUGAGUUCUUUUCAUUUUCUGGUGAGAUAGUACAUGUAGAAUUGCAAAGUUGUGACGAGCGGUCACAGUUUGCCUACAUCACGUUCAGAGAUAAUCAAGGAGCAGAGAGGGCUAUGCUUCUUACGGGAGCGACUAUUGAACAUAUGGCUGUCAUCAUCACACCAGCCACCGAUUACAAGCUACCUGCGUCCGUUUUAGCUGAUCUAGAGUCAAAAAAUACCGGUGGCAUGGAAUUCGCUCUUCAGAAGGCUGAGGAUAUCGUAAGUUCUAUGCUAGCCAAAGGGUUUGUUCUUGGCAUGGAUGCCGUUGAAAAAGCAAAGACUUUUGAUGAAAAGCAUCAGCUUACAUCAACUGCAACUGCCAAAGUCGCUUCCCUUGACAAGACAAUGGGACUAAGCCAGAAGUUCAACACCGGGACCUUAGUGGUGAAUGAGAAAAUGAAGGAAAUGGAUGAGAAAUACCAGGUUGCAGAGAAGACCAAGUCAGCAUUAGCUGCGGCUGAACAGACUGUCUCUACUGCUAGUUCUGCCAUCAUGAGUAACAGAUAUAUCCUUACAGGUGCAGCAUGGGUAACUGAUGCCUACAACAAGGUUGCAACCACUACGACCGAUGUUAGCACGAAGACAAAGGAAAGGGUGAUGGCUGAGUGGGAGGGAGCCAAUCAUAGCGGUGAAACCGCAAAGGUUGAUUCGCUUGAAAGCUCCGAAGCGGAUGAGGAAGAGUGCAAGCGUCAUGAAGAUGAUUCUACAAACAACUUCAUUGUAGAUAGUCCUGAAAUGACUUGUCAGGAGAAUGAGCAUCAAGUGGGUGAACGUCAAAUGACUAAUGUAGAGGAGAAUAAAAAUCACGAGGGUGAAAUUGCAGUAGCCCACAUGCAAGAAAACACUGAGACAGCUGAGAAUCCUAGCUGCCACGAGAGUGAAGUAUCCAAGGCCAAUGCUCAUGAUAGCAUUCUAAUGACUGAACAAAGUGAGCGAGAGCAUAAGCAACCCGAAGAUGAAUUUGCAAAGACCCAUGUCCCAGGAAGCCCUGUCACUAUUCCGGUCACCAUGUCCACUAUUGACAGGAACUCUAGCAACAGUCCCAAUAAGCCUGAUUCUGCUGAGGGUUUUCUAUGAUAUGUUAUUGUAAAUAUAGAUUGGGGUGAUGAUGAUAGUUUAUUUCAUCUCUUUCUAUUGAAUUUUUCAUCCUUCUUGCUUAAUUGUUCAUAGGCAAUGAUAGUUUUGUUCAGCUCUUGCAGCUAAUUUUCCACACUUUAGUGUUGUUUUCAGGCAAUGAUAGUUUCAUUCAGCUCUUGUUGUUGAAAAUUGACAUCCUUCAAUGUCGUUUUCGAGCAUAAUAGAGGUUAUAAAAUUGUAGUAGCAACAAUUUAUUGUUCUUUGAAUAUUAUUUUCAUGGAGCUGCAACUUGAGUUGUCUUUUAUA